ACCCUCUUUCUUCAGAACAUGUACUCAUUUUUCCUACCCAACAUUUCACAUUGUCUUCAUUUUAAGAUUCUUUCCAUCGAGUCAUUGAGGUCUUCAGCAAAGGUGCUCGCUAAAACCUUGGCGCAUAAGUACAAACAAUCUACAGCCGAGAUGACACCAUGGGGCUCGCUUGUCCAUCGCAGCGUGGAGGCCUGGGACCCACUCACUCAAACCGGGCACGCGAUAGAAAAAGAAGUCUUGCAAAAGUGUACCAGUCUGGAUGAAUUUUUGUGUAAAGGGUCGGCAAAUCCCAUGUUUUGGUUUUUCCAACGAAGAGCGGCAUUUCUAUCUCAGAAAACGAUGCCAAAAUGGAGCAGUGAUCGUUUAGACGAUUAUGUUCUUCUUCCUGCUUCUAACGGAUUUGUCAAACGGACCGAAUGCUUCUUUGUUAGUCACUUCUGGCAGACGAAAGAUCACCCUGAUCCUAACGGCGAAUAUCUACACCUUCUUCAAGAAAAUCUCCGGCUACAAACCUGGUCAUACAUCUGGAUUGACUGGACGUGCAUACCCCAGUAUCCCCGCAGUCAGAAAGAGGAGGCCUACUUCCUGCGAACGCUACAAACAAUGUCGGGAAUCAUUCGAAAUUCUGGAUUUGUGUGGUUUUACCCGCCCUUCGAAGCACGCAUGUGGAUUUUGUACGAAGUUGCUGAAUACACUCUGACAUCCACAGGCGAGUUUCAGGUAACCACAGACAUCAAGGAAUUCGCAGACCAUGUCAAGGAGAUGUUACAGGGCGGAGUGCGCUCUACACUGAACAAGCACGGCUAUACAUGCACGUACGACCGCGACAAAGAAUUCCUCACCUCAUGGCUAGAAGUUCUUGUUCUUUUGAGAAGACUCCGCGUCAACAUUUAUGAUGUCCGACGGUUGCUGGAUUACCUCACGUGGCUUCCUAGUGCACGAUCGAUAUUCAUGUAUACCAUCGACGGCCCUGUGGAACUUCUCCGGUAUGAAGGCACUUUAAUUCUCGGCGGAGAGCGCUAUACGUUCACGCCAUUUCCCAAAUGGGAAGAAGGUAAAUAUUCUGCGAACGCUACGUCUGAAAUCGCAUAGAAGGAGGAAAUCACUCUGCAUUAUACUGUACUGUACAGCAGAAAGCCGAUUGUAGAAUUACUACAGUACAAGAGCGUGAGGUUGGGGUAAUCGCUAUCUCCCUCCCAUAGAUCAGUGCCAUACCUUACGAGAUGGUUUGCGACUCUUGGGGCAUCCCCAACAAUGGACAAAUGGAGAUAGGUUAUAUAUUUCAUCUUAGGUAAAGGUGAAAAGCUAAGAGAUCUUGUGUCAAUUGAAACAUCGUAAGGAAAAAUGUUGCUGGCGAAAACCUGCCCAUCCAACUUGAUGCUGAACUUAUGGUAAACGA